AUGGAAGUUUGCAGCCAGGAUGUCUGCUUUGGGAAUUCCAUUCUUCGCCAGACUGCCAGAAAGGCGUCUUCAUUUUGCGCCACCGAGACAGCCAACUGCCCCGGCGACAUGCCGCGGCCACUUGACGACUCAGUCGUCGGGUCGGAGCUUCGUUGGCAUGGCGACAAAGAGAUCGAGGAGCGGGUUUUUGAGCAGGUCUCCGAGCUCACAAGUGGCCCACACGCCGGAGGACCGUAUCGCCAGCGCCUCUUGUCGCCCCAGUCGCCGGCCGUCUCCAAGACACAAGAGCCGAAGGGUCGUGGAAGUCCUGGCAACCCCGCAACGCCCGCGUCUACGUCGGCGUGUCUGCAGCAUGUGCAGUCGCUAAGGCCGGGUCUGUCGCCGGACGAGAUGGUCAGUGGCCGACGUCUCGUGGAGUUCGCCGACGAGGACCUGGCUCACAUGGUCUACGGGAUUGGGCAGCCUGGCCAACAUGGAAGGUACCAGGAGGCCGAAGAAGAGGAGGAGGAGGAAAUGGAUGAUGAUGAUGAUGAUAAUGAUGAUGAUGAUGAUGAUGAAGGAGAAGAGGAGGUCAACGGCGACGAAGUGGAAGACGUCGUCGUAGAUAUGAACACGAGCAGUCAAAUGAUGGACGUGGCCGACGAGGAAGAUGCGAAAGAUGAGGAUGGCGAUGAGUUUUUCUUCGGCGCCGGAGAGAUGGAGUAUCGCGAGGAUCAGUCGCCAUUGUUUGCACUUCACAUGUCGCCAGCCGAGCUGAUGAGCCCCAGCGACUGUCUCAGUCGAGUGUUCAAAAACUGCGGUCGUCGAGUGGCAGACGCGUCUGGAGAGAUGAAAAGAGUCGAGGCCAAAGCGGAUCGCGACGAGGGCAGAUGUGACGAAGUGGGGCACAGAGAGGCCGUUCACAGACGACAGCGCCACCCUUCGCAACAGAACAAAAGGGGCCCAAAAGACGAGGAGAGCCUCGGCGACUGGGAGGCAACCAAUUACACCGGCCUGAAGGUGGGUCGGUCGCAGACGCUCGACAGCCGGACAAAAUCCUCAGAAAUGUCUUUCUCCGGUCUCAGAUCUGGACCCAACGACACGUCACGAGAAGUCCACAAACGACACUCGGCACUGCCCAACUAG